ACAGGAAACAGAGGCUUAACUUGUAUCACUCUCAUAAUAUUGUCGAAAUAUACUUGUAGAUGUAAGCAUUUUCGUGUGUUUGUGGGUAGAAUGGUGUCCCACAGACAGGAACGGGUGUGGAGGUAUGUGGAGGAAGGCAAUCUUCUAAAGCUAAAGUCGUUUCUCCGAAAGCACCGGGAUUUGGACGUCAACUUCUCCAAGGGGAAGAGGCUGAGGAGCCCACUGCAGCUGGCCUGCUCGCUGGAAGACGACGCUGUGCUGCGGCUGCUGCUCAAACACGGGGCCGAUAUUCUUCAGAGAGACCGAAAAGGAGACACAGCCCUUCACAUCGCUGCCAAUAGGGCGCUAAAACACGGGAAAAGGGUAUAUGAUGAUGUCGUUGUGCCUCUUAAGAAAAAAUGUCCAGAAGCUUUAAAUGCACCAAAUAGAGCUGGAGUAACACCACAAGAUCUGCUGAACUGGAUGAAAAAUCCACAGGCUGCGGAAAACAUGAGUCGUCCACCCAAAGCAGACCCAGAGAAGGAGUGGCUGGAGAAGCUGUUUGGUGAAUGCGAGGAUGAAUUCUUUGAAACCUUUGGAGCAUAUGAUGCUGAUGAUUAUCUACCUGUUGACGAAGAAGAGGAAGACUUUGGGGAUUGGGUAGAUCGCAUCAGAAGAGAAUAUUUUCAUAAGAAACACGUUGAAGCUCAAAGACUGGCAGCGUCAUCUAGGAAAAAAGAAAAAUGUAGACAAAAAGAGGAAAGCAAUAAAGAGCUGUUUGAAAGGUUGCAGAGAGAACACGAGGAGUACCUGGCUCGAGCGGCGCGCAAAGAGGAAGAGACUCGCCGGGGAAAGAAACGGCAUUACGAUGAGCGAUGUGCUGACAUGUUCAGCUCGGCUGCCUCCACAUCGGGCAGCUCAAAGCUCAGCUAUGGUGACAUCCCCUGGCCAGCUCCGAGGGGCACGGUCCAGGAGAUGUUGGAUGUAAUGCUGCACGGUGUGGACCGGAAGGAUGAGGCGGCAUUUCGUAAAGCCCUCCGGAAGCAGCAGGCACUGUGGCAUCCUGAUAAGUUUGCUCAGCGCUGUGAAGCUCGGCUGGAAGAGAAGGACAAGCAGCGGAUUCUGGACACAGUGACGGCUCUGUCACAGGAACUCAACAGCCUGGCUCAGACUCUCAAGGCUUAGAGAUGAACACUAAUCACAUGUUUUAACAAACUCAGCACUAGUAUCCUAUUGAAUUGGCAACAAAGUCCUUGCACUGUAAAGUCCAAACUCCUAAAGACAUCAUUGGUGCAAACUAUGGGAGUUCUUGAACAAAAUAAUAAAAUACUUAUACAGAAGUUACAAGUGAAUAAUUUUUUUUUUUUUCAGCCUUAAAUUGUGCUUCUGAAAAGUUUUUAUUUUUGGGUGCAAUUAUAAUGCACCAUAGAACUUGAAUUUUAAGAACAAGAAUUUGGUGCAUCAGUUUGCAUUUAAGACAUUUUGUUGUCUUUAAUCCACACAGGUUCAAAAUCCAAACUUCAACAUCUACAACCCUUUUUAUAAGCUGUUGAUGUACUAGGAAUAUUCAAAGGUGACAUGAACAAGCUUCUCAAAUAGUUCUGGAAUGAAAUCUGACUACCCUCUAAAAAACCUCUACUACUUGUAGAGGUUUUUUAGAGAUACAAAUUUCUUGAUAUUGAUCCAACUUGUUAAUGUAGUGCAAACAUUUUAACAAAGUUAAAAUCAGGACUUAUGGAAUAUAAUUCACAAAGCCCCAAUCUUUAGGGUGUUUUUUUUAUUUUUGCUAAUUUUGUAUAGAAAACAUUUUAUUUUUGCACUUUUCCUAAAAAAAAGAAUUUUGUCUAGACACUAUUUGUAUCAGACUUAAUUUGAAAUUACAAUAAAGAUAAGUCUGAAGAAGACCCACUUAAGCAGAUUUCUAUCAACAUGUACAUGGUUAACCUCAUCUUGGCAAAGAGGACAUUUGAAGGAAUGCAGCUCAGGCCAUCACAAAAAGCUGCACCAGCUGUCAACUUUGGUGGUAGAAUCAUGCUAAGGGGCUGUUUGGCUGCCAGUGGAACUGGUGCCUUGCACAAAGCUGUAAUGAGGACAUAACCUACAAAUUCUGAGUAGGUAAUUGAAACUUUUAUUUAUUUUUUAUGGCACUAGUGGCAUGUUUUUCUGACAGUAGGCUGACACGAAAAGUGGUAGGAGAGGGGUGGAGGAUCAUGCGUCAAAGAACCACAGCCCGGAUUCAAAUCCGGGUCGAGGACUAAGGCCUACGUACAUGUGUCAUGCGCACUAACCACUGCUCCACCUGCACGCCCCAGGUAAUUGAAACUUGCACAUAGUUUGCUUUUUCAUAAGAACUGUGACCUCAGACAUGCAUCCAAAAUGAUUUUUGAAUAGAUCAAAUGGUUAAUACUGGGUUUCAUGAUUGACCCAAUUGGUUGUAAUAUCCCAUCAUAGCAAAAAGUUAUUAUAAUUAACACCCCAGAAUAGAGAAAAUAUCAAUAUUAAUGAUCUCUGUUUUAAUUGUGUUUUAAUAAUAAAGCUUAUCAAGCCA